UCGCUCCUCCUGCAGCGUCAGUACACGCGCUGUUGUUGUGAUUGACAGACGGAUAGGAGUCAUGUUGAGCUUUCGUUAUGCAUUUCGCUGUCACAAAUAUGUUUUAAAUAGUUAGUGAAUGAUGUCCGAAAUACUGAUGAAAGAAAUGGAGAGCGUAUCGAGCUGUUUAUUGAAGCCAGAGGAACGCCAAGACGGUGCUCGGAGCUUCCUUCUGGUGGAUGAGCAAGAAAACCUGCAGGUCCCUGAUGAGUCAAAGUUUGUGGACAGACUCGCCUGUGGGGAUGUGGCAGGUGUCAAGGUUCUCUCCAUCUUUGGCAACACUGGCGAUGGCAAGUCCCACACCCUAAACCACAUCCUAUUUGGUGGUGAGAGCGUGUUUUACACCUCCAAGUCCCCCAGCUCCUGUACCAUUGGAGUGUGGGCAGCCUACAACCCCUCCCUCAGUCUGGUUGCGCUGGAUACUGAGGGCCUUUUGGGAGCCGCAGCCAAUCAUAAUCAGAGAAUGAGGCUGUUGCUAAAGGUAUUGGCAGUGUCAGAUAUAGUAAUUUAUCGUACACGAGCUGAACGCCUCCACAAUGACAUGUUCCACUUCCUGAGCAGUGCCUCUGCAGCCUACCUGAAGCACUUCACCCCCGAGCUCAGGGCUCUUUCGAGCCGAUGUGGUCUGGAUGUACCCCUCUCUUCUCUUGGGCCUGCCGUCAUUGUCUUCCAGGAGACAACGCACACUCAAUUGCUGGGUCAUGGUAGAGGAGACUCAAAGAUGGCCGAGCAUCCUGACACGCUUCUCCAGAAGCGUUUUCACGAUCUCAGUUUGGGGACAGAGGCCUUCAGCUCGGUGCAGUAUGUAGGCACCCAGACCAUCAUACCUCCUACUGACUACAGCAAGUUGGUGGAGGCUGUUACACAGCAAGUGAAAAACACACACACGCGCUCCCCCCGCCAGCCGGGGAUAGUGUUUCAGGCUUUGGAAGCUCUGAGUGAGCGUUUCUGCGGGGAACUGUCCGACGAUAAGACGACCCCAUACUCCUUCUUCCCUGACGAGUACUUCACCUGCUCUGCUGUCUGCCUCAGCUGCAACAUUCGCUGCAAAAAUGGAAUGAACCAUUUGAGAGACAGGGUCCCUCACAUGGCAGAUGGACUCUGUCAGUAUGCACACCAGUACAACAACAAGGUCCUCAUCUGUAAGAGGUGCUAUGAAGGAGGCAGAGAGGUGAUUGUUGUGCCCAAGACGUCAUCUUCCUCUGACAGCCCAUGGUUUGGGCUGGCCAAGUAUGCCUGGUCGGGUUAUGUGUUGGAGUGUUCUAGCUGUGGUGUAAUCUACCGCAGCAGACAGUACUGGAUGGGAAACCAGGACCCUGAGAGCGGCGUGGUGCGAUCUGAGGUCAAACAUGUCUGGGAAGGGUCAGACACUUUCCUGACCACCCACCAGAAUGCUGCUCAGAGGGUCCUGGAUGGGAUGAACUAUGUGAUCCAGUCCGUGUCAGAGUACAGCACCGGCCCCACCAAAGCUGUCACUGCCUGGCUCACUGACCAGGUGGCACCACCCUACUGGAGACCCAACACAGAGAUCACCGCCUGUCAUGGAUGUCAGAAGUUGUUCGAUGAGGCAGAGAGGAAACAUCACUGCCGAUCUUGUGGCGAGGGUUUCUGUCAUCCCUGCUCCAGGCAUAGGAUGCCGGUACCAGAGAGGGGCUGGGGCAGUGGUCCGGUCAGGGUGUGUAAGGCCUGUUACCGCCAGGGAGGGCCAGCUGACACUAAUAGCCAGGUGUGUAAGGUGGAGCCUCAUGGUCUAAUAGCACGCAGGGUGACGGAGGUGGCUCAGUCCACUCUGGCCAUGGUCACCACAGCUGUGGACUACCCUCUCUGUUUUGUGAAGGAUGUGGCUCGACCAGACUACUGGGUGCCAGACCACGACAUCACCCAGUGCCACCAGUGUUCUAAAACCUUUACUCCAGCCAUGUCCAAGCACCACUGCAGAGCCUGUGGACAGGGCGUGUGCGGCCCUUGCUCCACACACAUCAAGCCUGUGCCCUCCCGAGGCUGGGACCACCCAGUCAGAGUGUGUGACAGCUGCCAUGCCCGCAACGAUAGUCUGUGACUUUUCCAAUCAUGGGGGUGCACUCAGUCUUCCUCAGAUAAUCCACAAAACCUAUGAAUCUCGGCGCUGCUGCAAGACAACAAUGGGGUAGAUCUGGAAUCAGCUUUGUUUUGUGUGAAAAGGAUAGCAGAUCAAAUGCUUAAAAUGCUCAUCAUAUGUUUCCCAGACAUUUAUCAGCACUGAUCUAGGAUCAGCUUUACGUCUUAUCUGCCCUCCUUGACCAAGUGCUUCUGAAUCAGGCAAAAAAAAAACUAAUUGUCUUCACUACAGCCCCACUGGAUCACUCCAACUGCUUUAAGACAACAGGACAAAUGGAAAGCUGGACAAUGUUUUUAACUGACUGGUGAUCAUUUUAAACUCACAGGUAAAUGCAAGCAUAGUCUUCCUUGUUCAUUUAUUUCUGUUUGCACAUCCCUGCAGCAGGCUGCUUAUUCUCAGUUUGAACAGUUUGUUAGAUACAAGUAACAGGAGAACAAGUCAAAAAAAAGAAGUACAGGGCACCGAGAGAGAUUUUAAAGAUUUCUGAAGAAAUUUUAAACUUAAUUUCAAGUGGGUUUUUUUUUUUUUAAUCAACCUCAUCAUCUUCCUCUGAACUGUCGCUCUGAUUGCAGCCUGGCAAAGAGGAGCAGAACAGAGCUAGAGCAGGUCAGAUUUUGGGGAGGAAUGUAAGUUUGCAAUGGUGGCAUUACUCAGGGCAGAGAGAGUUAAAACAAGGUACAGCAGCGUGUGCCUUCAUAGGAAUCUCAAUUCCCAUUUCUGUAGCCCCUAAGAUUUUUUUUUUUUGGCAUUCACCCACAUGUGCAAGGACUAUUUGUGCCUAAUUAGAGAACAAUGUUAUUUACUGUCUCACUCCUCUAACUCUUACAGUGCUAUCUACAAUAUGAUGAAAUGAUAGGAAAUGAAAAUCUGUAGCCUAACACAUUUUAGACAUUCCAGUGUAUAGAGGUACCAGGGUACUGGUGUAGAUGUACCUUUGAGGUUCUGAGGUUGGCACUAUAUUUAUAUACAUGUACACCUGCACUCAACUGGACAGUUGAAAUGUUUUGGUAAUGGAAAGACUCAUAUUCAAUCACAUGCAAAGUACAAAUUACAUACUGAUGCAAAAUUACACUUCCUUUAAAGGGGGUUUGUGUAACAUACUGGAUGCUAAUGCUGUUUUUCUCUCUAUCUAGAAAUAACCAAUUUAAUGUUGAAGAUGUUUUGUAUAUAAAUUUAGGAAUUGACAACUUAUCUUUUUCUUGAAAAAAAAAAACAACAAAAAUAACAAUCAGGCUUAUCCAAAUAAAGAAACCUGAGAAAAUGGUGUGUCUGAUUGUAUUUAGUCACUAGUUGCUUUCCUUUCUCACUUAAAUCCAUUCAGUGUUUAUGAAUGGGUAUUAAACACCGUUGCAAACAUAAGUUGCAACAAAGACAACUAUCAUAACUGUUCUUCGCCUCAUCGACAGGCAUAAUGUAGUACAACAUAUUUGUUUUUCUAUAUUUUCACCCUGAGAUGUGUGUGUGUGUGUGUGUAAUGGAUUCAUUCAUGGGUUUAUUGGUUCAUGUUGGGAAAUAUGGUACAUUUCUCUUAGCAUAUUUUUUUAUUUUCCUUGCACUUUGUUUUAUAAAAUUG